AUGGUAAAGAUCAGCGCGACGUCCACCUCACCUACCGAGGGCCAAAGACCGAUGUUAACGUCAAUUUCGCUGAUGGUUGCACGAUUGACAGAUAAAGAAAGGCAAAAAGAUGAAAUGUUUGCACUUGAAAAUAUUUAUAAUACAAAGGAGUUCAAAUAUAAAAAAAGAGUAAACAUUGAGUGUGAAUUUGCAAUCAAUUGCAAAUUGGUAAAGGAAUAUUUGUAUAUCAAAUGUGGAAAGGAAUUUUCAGAUAUUCAGGAUAACCAAUGUAUCAAGCAUUUACCACCAUUGCAACUAUAUGUACAAUUACCAUACAAUUACCCAUCAACAAGUGCUCCACAGUAUCAUUUGUUUGUUAAUUGGCUUUCUCCUUGGCAAGCAUCUCUUGUUUGCCAAAAACUAGAUCAGUUAUGGGAUGAGAAUAAGCAGAAUGAAAUACUUUUCAUAUGGCUAGAGUUUCUUAAAAAUGAAUUACUUUUUUAUUUACAAAUAAAAGAUAUUUUAGAUGUAUCUUAUCUUAUGAAUAUAUUUUUGAAUCCUACAGAUGAAUUUCAGUUAGAAGUAUUGCAAUGGACUGAUCAAAGAGUCAUCAAUGGAGGUCUGUAUUUGAAUCCUUUGGAUAAAUUAAUUCAUUACAAUGACAUACAGGGUUUAAUUGAUUUUGAGAUCAAUCUUCACGAGUGUGGAAUUUGUUUUGAAAAAUAUUUUGGCAAAACUUGUGAAAAAAUUACUCCUUGUGGGCACAUAUUUUGCAAAUAUUGUUUAACAGAAUUUCUAACAGUUAGGAUCAGUGAGAGAAAUAUUAAUAGUAAUUUAGUAUGUCCAGCGACAGGGUGUAUAGAAAACAUAAGUUUUGAUCAAAUAAGAAAAUUAUGUUCAGCAAAUCUCUUUCAUAUGUAUGACAAAUAUUUGUUAGAAUAUAAACUUAUUAGUAGUGGAAAUUUAGUUUACUGUCCAAGGAAGCAGUGUCAAUCAUUAGUUACAUUGAAUGAAGGAGAAAAUUUGGCUUCGUGUUUCGUAUGUGAAUAUAACUUUUGCGCAUAUUGUUUCAAGGUUUACCAUGGUAUUAUGCCAUGUGAUAUGGAUUCUACAGAAAAAAUCAAAAUAAUUGAAGCGUAUCAAAAUGGUGAUGUAGAUACAAAAAAGAAUUUGGAAAAACUAUAUGGCAAAAUUCAAAUUCGGGAAAUUGUUGAAAAAAAAUUAACUAAUGAUUAUCUCAAGGAAAAUACAAAAAUUUGUCCUACUUGUAAAAUUACUAUUAGUAAAGUAUCAGGAUGCAAUUUGAUAAAAUGUUCACAAUGUCAAACACAUUUCUGUUGGUUGUGUAAUUCAAAAAUAAUUUUUGAUAAUCCCUACGAUCAUUUCAUGUUUAUAGAAAAUGGUCAAUGCAAUGGCAAGCUAUUUGAAGGUCUUAUGGAUGAAAUAAAUGAAGUUGAUGAAAACAAUAAUUAA